UACUUAUACAGUGUCGGUGAGCGUUGUGUAGGUCGGACCUCAAGACCCAUGCUUAUAAUAAGGAUGAUUCAGAUCUAGUUUGGAUAUAUGAAAACGAUUGGACUUGUCGUUUACAGUAUUCUAGACUAGAAACAAUACACAUAUACACAACUUUGCAAAAUCAUAAGACAAAUUUAGAUCUGUAAAUGAUAUUUUCACCGAUUUAAAGAAACGCUCAUACGGAUAUGGGUCUUACAUUUAAAACUAACAUAACGGCAAUAUGGAUAUUAUACCUGUGUUUUGGACAGUUUGUGGUUCGAUGCUAUGAUCCGUCAACAUGCAUAACAUGUCGAGAAUCGCACGUUUGUAAUCCCCCGGAUUGUUUCUGUUGUCGGGAUACGAUGCCACUCGAAACACAGAAUAUUCCUCAGAUGGUUUUCUUCACUUUCGACGAUGCCGUGACACCACAAGUUGCCAACUACUAUCGGGAACUCUUCGAGCCCAAGAGGAAAAAUCCGAAUGGAUGUCCGAUAUCGAUGACAUUGUUCAUUUCGCACAAGAAUACGGUUUAUAGUUUGGUAAAGGAAUUCUAUGACAAAGGAAUGGAGAUCGCCUCACACAGCGUUACACAUGGUCACCCAAGCUCACGAACAUUUGCAAGAGAAGCUAAAAAGCAGAGGGAAAAUUUAUCUAUAAAGACCGGAAUUCCUGAAAGCAAGAUAACAGGAUGGAGAAGCCCCUUUUUGGAACCUCUAGGCGAUACCCAGCCUAGUGUUUUAAAAGAACUAGGCUAUGAGUAUGACGCUACAUUGACCAUCACACCGAAGGCAAACAAUGACAAACCUAUCACACCGUUCACCUUGGAUUAUGGCUGGCCAUAUGACUGUAAAAUUAAGCCUUGUCCCUCACACGCCCAUAAAGGCUUCUGGGAGGUACCAGUUAUCUCAGUGAAGGAUUACCUGAACAAAUAUGACUGUGUUUACAUAGAUGGGUGUAACAAUCCACCUCCAUCGGAGACUUUGGCAUAUAAAUUCCUGUGGGACAAUUUUCAAAGGUAUUACAAAGGCAAUCGUGCGCCUAUGGGUAUAAAUAUGCAUGCUUCAUGGUUUUACUAUCCAGACAGAAAGGCUGCUAUGGACAGGUUCAUUAAGAAACUAGGUCAGCUUGAUGACGUGUUUAUCGUAUCUAUUAAACAAGUUAUUGAUUGGCUGAAGGAACCGACACCGCUUAAUCAACUAAACCAUUUUGGACCCUGGCAAUGCACUGGCGACAACAACAGCACUGGUACCGCUUCCAUCCAACAGCAAUCUGCACCUCAGCUUCGCCUGCAACAAGUCGAAGAAUCAGAAAGCAAAAGACGGAGAUUUCGAAUGCAUCACAUGGAUAAUCAACGAAGAACAACACAAAGCGUUCAAAGUAAUCGUGAAAAUACCUGGUCCAACCAAUCCCCAUCCGUUCCAAGAAUACUCCCAUCACCUCGUCCACCGCUUGUUCCCAACUUGCCUAUGGUUCGUUUCUGGUGGCAACCUCCUGCAUUGAUGGCUGCUCGGGAAAUGGAGUAUCAACGAAAUCUGCAUAUGCAACAAGCCUUGCAAGAGAAACAGCGCCAGGAAGAUUUGGAACGCCGCAGAUAUGAGGAAGAACAGCGACAGUUGGAAAUAAAACGACAGGCAGAAGAGAGGGCCAGGUUAUUAGAAGUACAGCGCCGACAACAACAACUGGACCUUGAGAGACAAAGAGAGGUUUUAAGACAGGAAGAAUUGGAAAAAAGACGUCUUGAAGAAGAAAAACGAUUACAGCAACAACGACGACGACAAGAAUUGGCAAAACAGAAAGAAUUCGAGUUGCAGAAAAAGUUGGAAAUGCAAAAACAAGAAGAACUUAGACAACAAGUAAUAGCAAGACAAAUGCGAAUUGAAAGAGAAAAACUUGAGCAACAAAAGCGGGCUGAAAUACAAAGACAACGGGAAUUAGAACGGCAACGGUUAGAAGAGCAACAACGACUUCAAAAGAAAGAAGAUUUACGACAAAAAGAAAUCACUAAACAAAAGGAGAUGCAACGCCAAAGAAAUAUGAUGAUAGCACAGGAGGAAAUAAUGCAAACGAAAAGGAAUCACGCAAGCUCUCAGGUCGAGCCUAAUGCUUAUCCCGACACAAUGGUUCCUGAAGUAAUAGAUGGUCUGAAUACAGUGUCUCCUACGAGUUCACGAAGUCUUAGACGUUAUGGCGGUUUGGAUGAGGCAAUUGCUAAAAAACUUGAUAAAAUACUACAAUAUCAACAAGGUUCAAGAAUACAAAUGUUGGAACAACUCAGCUUAACAGAACUAAAGGCACUUCAAACAGAACUUCGAAAUCGUCUUCUGCGUCACAAAAGUCUCCGUAGUAGUUCCGACCUAGUCCAUCAAGUGUCUCUGACAGACAAUAAUGGUCAAAUGGUAGAGGUCUUAUCUGAUGCAAAGAAUACCAAUUUACGGAAUUACAUGCCAUCAGACAUCAGCAUUAUACACAAUGACAGUCCUGCUAAAGUUGACUUCAAAGACAGCAUGGUAAUGCAAGAAUUCCACAGAAGUUCUGGAGUUAAGCGGACAAGGAUAAACAGAGGAGAGGCAGUAAAUGAGCUUAAUGCUGAUAAAACAAGCCCAAAUGAUGAAAUCUUUUUCAACGAAAGAAAUCAAAGUGGCGUUGUAGGCGAAGCAACUGAAAGGAGACCAGAUUCACCAACAACACUUAAACAGACUAGCGCAACUGCUCAAACAAAAACUCCAAUUAAAUUACCAAUAACAACAACCCCACCGACGACAACAGCAACAACAAAACCGACAACAACAACAGUAACAACAACAACACAAUCACCGACAACAACAACACCCACAGCAACGACAACACCUACUACAUCGCCGACAACUGCAUCAUCAACAACAACAACAAUACCGACUACAACACCAACAACAACAACUACACCCACGACAACUACACCCACAACAACUACAACCACGACAACUACGCCCACGACAACUACAACCACGACAACUACACCCAAAACAACUACACCCACCACAACUACACCCACGACAACUACACCCUCGACAACUACAACCUCGACAACUACACCCACCACAACUACACCCUCGACAACAACAACCGAACCGACAACAACGACGACAAGACCGACAACAACAACAACAAUGGUCACAACUUCUACAAACCCUUUCACUACCACACCAAUAACCACAACUUCUACGACCACAACAGCUGCACCAACAACUAUCACUACAACACCAACCACAAUCACGACAAAAAAGCCACAAACAAAAACAACAAUAGUAUCGAGCUCAACCACAAGCACCACCACUGUCAGUAUAACCCCAACAACCACGACAACUGCAACUGCAACAACAAAACGUCAUGUGCGGCCAUCUCAAAUGCGCAGUAAAUCAAUGUGGAAUGCUGCUGGAUUCGACGAUUUACCUUUGCCAUGGAAAACAUUGAUGGCUGAAAGUAAGGUCUCGGAUAAUAACCAAACAAGUUCACAAAUUAACAAGUUAUUACCUAAAAAGGAAAAUAAACCAUCUUCUGUGAAGCUUUUUGAUGUAAGCGGACAAAAGUCACGAACAAGGUCUCUUUUUGCAAACUUCUUCCUUGUGAACAACAAAACCCCUGUCUCCAGUAAAACCCGCAAACCAGUAGAAAUCCCACCGAGCCAAGAAACAGAUAUUGCCAUAGCCGUUUCUAAGACGAAUGCAGAAAAUAACCCUAGAGAAAGCAUAGAAACCACACCAUCAAUAACAACAACAACAACUCUAAAGUCAACAACUCCAUUGGUGACGAAGACCGAACCAAGGAUUACUGUCCCGCACUUUGGCCAGCCAUUUGUUCAUAGUGGAAGUUCAAUACCACAACGCCGGAAUAGCUGUAUGCAAGGCGUUAAUUGCCACGCUCCAGACUGUGUCUGCAAAACGGAAACGACGCCGCACGGAUUGAAGGCAUCAGAUAUACCACAGAUGAUAUACAUCACGCUUGAUGGAAGUCUCAAUUUCCACUCGUAUUCCCAGAUGCGAGCACUGUUUUCUCCAAAGCGUUUUAAUCCAAAUGGCUGCAGAAUAAAAGGAACUGUAUUCGUCUCCGACACAGGUUCAAGUUACCGGAUUACAGACGCUCUGCAUAGAGAUGGCAUUGAAAUCGCUUUGAUGGGAUUGACACCGCGACCGCAAGCAAAUGCAACACAAAUGCAGAAUGAAAUAAAUGUUCAAAGGAAUCAAAUUAUACAAGGUUCAAGUUUGACAGCGGAAGAGAUCAAAGGUUGGAGAAGCCCGUCGUACAAACCUGCGGGCGACGGCCAGUUUGAAGUUUUGUCGCGAGAAAAUAUGUAUGAUUCCACGCUCAUCGCAGACCGGACCGCGUCCAGCAAAUCGAAGCUUUGGCCAUUUACGCUAGAUUUCGGAUGGACUGAAAGGUGCGAGAUCGAGACAUGUCCGGAUGCUCCCCACGCCGGUGUGUGGGAAGUUCCCGUUAUUCCAAUGGUCGGUCCUAGCAACAGCACUUCUUGCGAUGUGACUGACGGGUGCCCAAGACAACCAAACUCAAAGAAGGAAACGUUCGAAUAUCUAAUGACAAACUUUAACACAUAUUAUAAAACGAAUAAGGCACCGUUUGCAAUCCGCUUAAAGCAAAUAUGGUUUCAUUGGUUUUACAGAGAAAAUAUGGCUGGGCUGUUUCAAUUUUUGGACACAGUAUUAGGCUAUGGUGAUGUAUACGCGACGUCAGUAUCCGAUAUGAUAGAGUGGAUCAAAUCCCCGAUUCUUUUAAAAGACAUCAAAAACUUUGAUAAGUGGAGUUGUUAAUAAAGUUGAUAUAUUUAACAACGUGUAAUGUCAUUUUUUAUUAAACUUAUUUUGAUGUUAUGUAUGUUAAUGGUUGCAAUUUGAGGGGAACGUUCUUAUUUUGAGACACAAAUCUUCUGAAUAUACGCUAGUGGUGUACAUAUACUUUAUUUUGGGGACAUUAAUGUGCCAUGAAGUACGAAAAAACAGUCCAUAUGUGGUAAAUUAUGACAGUCGUUGACAAAAUUAUAAAUUCGGACAGAUCGUAAACGCACAUUGCACACCAUUAAUUAUUUAUUUCAUUGUCUAUAGUGUGUAUGUUCAUAUGAACUUUCUACAUAAAACGAGGGAGAUGUAUGUAGAUUUUUUAAUCUGUCUCUUUAUUUAAGUUAUCCUAAAUUCACAGAUAUAUUUUUAUUUAAAAUAUUUUUCUUUUAAAACAAACAUCAAACCUAUUUAUAUACAUCAGAAUAUUUACAAACGUGUGUUGUUACGCAGUCAUUGACAGUUUAUAUAUAAUGUAUUUGUUACUUGUCUAUGUUUGUUUCGUUUUUGAAACUAACGGCAUAAUUGCUGUCUUGUUUUUGUUAUUGUUGUUGUUAUUGUUGUGUAGCUUCAUUUACUGCCGUAAGCUGUCUUUUUGAUUGCAUCUUAAUUAAGCAUUUUUGAAAUUUAAAAUAAAACUUAAAUUGUG